AGCAAAAAAUGGCGGUGCGGAAGAAAGACGGCGGCCCGAAUGUCAAAUAUUUCGAAGCAUCCGAUACCGUCUCUCAGUUUGACAAUGUGCGCGUCUGGCUGGGGAAGAAUUACAAGAAGUACAUUCAAGCGGAACCCCCCACCAACAAGUCUCUAUCCAGCCUCGUGGUCCAGUUGCUCCAAUUCCAAGAGGAGGUCUUUGGCCGACACGUCAGCAACCCCCCACUCACCAAGCUGCCUAUGAAAUGUUUCCUGGACUUCAAGGCUGGAGGUGCGCUCUGCCAGAUCCUGGCUGCUGCCUACAAGUUCAAGAGUGACCAAGGAUGGCGCAGGUUUGACUUCCAGAAUCCGUCUCGGAUGGACCGGAAUGUGGAAAUGUUCAUGACGAUUGAGAAGUCCUUAGUGCAGAACAACUGCUUGAGCAGACCAAUCAUCUACUUGAGUUCUGACAUAGAGCCAAAACUGCUUGGGAAGCUGAAGGAUAUCAUCAAAAGACAUCAGGGCUCAGUGACUGAAGACAAAACCACCAGCUCUCAUGUUGUUGUUCCUAUUCCCAGCAGUUUGGAGGAAGAGGAGUGGGUUCGCCCCGUGAUGAAGAGGGACAAGCAGAUGCUUCUUCACUGGGGAUAUUUUCCUGACAGCUACGACACCUGGAUCCCAGCCAGCGAGGUCGAGGCCUCCGUGGAGGACGCCCCCAGUCCAGAGAAGCCCAGGAAGGUCCACGCAAAGUGGAUUUUAGACUUAGACCAGUAUAACGAGUGGAUGAACGAGGAGGACUAUGAAGUGGGAGAGGGCUGCCACAGGAGGAAGAAGAUAUCUGCCAAGACGCUCACGGACGAAGUGACCACUCCUGACGAGCGGAGGGACAAGAAGCCCGCCAGUGCCAAGAAGAGGAAACGCUCGCCGUCACCGUCUCCCACGCCGCCACCUCAGGAGAGCAAGAAGAAGAACGCCAAGAAAGCGCCGACGACGCCAUACACUAAAUCCAAACGGGGACAGAGGGAAGAGGAGCAAGAGGAUCUCAGCAAGGACACAGACGAAGCCUCGCCUGUUCCAGCAUCUGAAGAUGGAACCCCAGCCAAGACGAAUAGCACCAAGAAGGACUCUGAUUCAACCCCAGUCAAGGGAGGAACAGAUAUGGAAGAGCAAGAAGACGAGUCAAUGGAAGUAACAGGAAAGGAGGAAGAAGAAGGCUCCCCGAGUGUGAAGGGAGAACCGGUCAAAGGCUCGGACCUUCACGAAGACAACGUGACUGAACAGACGCAUCACAUUAUCAUACCAAGCUAUGCUGCUUGGUUUGACUACAACAGUGUUCAUGCUAUUGAGCGCAGAGCCCUUCCAGAGUUCUUCAAUGGAAAGAAUAAAUCCAAAACUCCAGAGAUAUACCUAGCAUACAGGAACUUCAUGAUUGACACUUACCGACUGAACCCUCAGGAGUAUUUGACCUCCACCGCCUGCCGCAGGAACCUGGCUGGAGAUGUCUGCGCUAUCAUGAGGGUCCACGCCUUCCUAGAGCAGUGGGGACUGAUCAACUACCAGGUGGACUCAGAGAGCCGGCCCACGCCCAUGGGCCCCCCGCCCACCUCCCACUUCCAUGUCCUUGCAGACACUCCAUCCAGUCUGGUGCCCCUGCAGCCAAAGACAUCCCAGACGCCUGCCGCCCAGCAGAUCAUGUCCUUCCCAGAUAAGGUGAAGGAUAAACCAGCAGACCUGCAGAACUUUGGACUGCGAACUGACAUGUACAGCAAGAAAAUCAUCUCCUCAAAGAGCAAGAGUGCGGCGAGCUCAAUGAGGGAGUGGACAGAACAGGAAACACUAUUACUGCUUGAGGGACUGGAGAUGUACAAGGACGACUGGAACAAAGUGUCGGAGCACGUGGGCAGCCGUACGCAGGAUGAGUGUAUCCUGCACUUCCUCCGCUUGCCCAUUGAAGACCCGUACCUGGAGGAGAGUUACUCGUCCCUGGGACCGCUGGCCUACCAGCCGGUGCCUUUCAGUCAGGCAGGAAAUCCUGUCAUGAGCACAGUGGCGUUCCUCGCCUCCGUCGUGGACCCUCGCGUGGCCUCGGCUGCUGCCAAAUCCGCUCUGGAGGAGUUCUCUCGUAUGAAAGAGGAGGUCCCUGCGGCCCUCGUGGAGGCUCAUGUGCGGCGGGUGGAGGAUGCGGCGAGGGUCAGCGGCCGGCCGGACCCUCUGUACGGACUGGAGGGAAGCGGCAUCGCCGGCACAGGCCUGGAGGAGGGCGAGAGGCCUGACGAAAACAGCGAGGAAAGUAAGAGUGACAAUCAGUCCAAUGAAGAGAAGAAGGAGGCCAAGGACAGCAAAGAUGGAGCGACUGAGGACGAAGAGAAGGUGGCAGAGAAUGGCAAGAAAGAAGAGGAGCGAGGACGAGAAGCUGAAGGCGAGAGAGAGGCGGACAAAGCAGAGUCUGACAUGGGUGACGGCGAGAAGGAGAAAGCUGGGAGAGAGGGAGCAGAGGAAGGACAGAGAGAAGCUGAGAGCGAGGGAGAGAAGAAGGCCAAGGUGGAGCGGGAUGUGGGCGAGGGGAACCUGGCCACCGCUGCGGCGUCGGCGUUGGCGGCGGCGGCGGUCAAAGCCAAGCACCUGGCUGCGGUGGAGGAGAGGAAGAUCAAAUCUCUGGUGGCGCUCCUGGUGGAGACGCAGAUGAAGAAACUGGAGAUCAAACUGCGACACUUCGAGGAACUGGAAACCAUCAUGGACAGAGAGAGAGAGGCUCUGGAGUACCAGCGACAGCAGCUGCUGGCCGACCGCCAGUCCUUCCACAUGGAGCAGCUGAAGUACGCCGAGAUGAGAGCUCGACAGCAGCACUUCCAGCAGAUCCAGCAUCAGCAGCACAACCAAGGCGGCGCCGCUCAUUCCGGCCAGGCCGCCUCAGCCGCGCCCUCCCAAGGCCCGGCCUCGGCUCAGCAAGCCACCAGCACGUCGGCACCGCAGCUCGCCCCCAGCCCUGCGCCGCCGGCCUCCGCGGGCCCACCUCCUGAGGCCCAGCCAGCUCCGAGUGCCCACACGUCACCCCCGCGGCCCCCCGGCCACUCCGGUGCCAGCAGCACUCCUGCAGUCCACGGUCAGUGAGCCGCAGAUUGAGCAACUGUGAAAUGUUUCUCCGUUCUCUUUCACCGCCGUCUGACUACAUUUUUUAGCCCAUGCUCCCACCAUCCAAAACACUCCAACUUUCCUCAGCAGUGAGAGACUCGCCCCAAUCAACUCCGCAUUCGCUCGUACCUCCAUUUAAGACAACCACAACACAUUCCACACAGUUACACCCCUUUUUUAAAACUCCCGAUUGGACAAUGUAGAGGAAUAAACGUCAAAAAAAAGAAAGACGUCAUGUAGGUUGUCGCUCAGACAUGACCAACUCUUUUUCAAAAUCAUUUCACACUUUGAUACCAGACUUGUGUUGGACUAAACCCUCCAGGAAUUUGCCAUGGCACCAAUUUUAAAUUCAAUCACUGCAACUUAUUCAUACUCGCGAUGUUCCGAUCAGGGUUUAUGCUGUCUACCAACAGUUAAAUCAGCCAAUAUCGAUACCGAUUACAUGUAUUAACUGCACAUUUUUCCGUUUAUUUAUGGUCAGUGUUAUCAACAGUUCAACAAUGUCUACACCAUAUUAUGGCAAGUUCCUUAUUCUGGUUUAUUACAUAAUAGUGACGUGCCGAUCGAUACUGAAAUAUCAAUACUGCCGAUACCAGAUCUUUAUGCUCUAAUAUUGAUUCUCAAAUCAAAAUAUCGAUACUUUUGAUACUUUAGGGCAGUUGUCCAAACUUUUUCCAUCAAGAAGACAAAGUAUGCAGGGGCCAUAUUGAUAUAUAUAUAUUUUUUUUAACAGGUAUUGUGUCAGCUUUGUAUUAUUUGGGGACUAAGAAUAUUCUAAUAAAUUAUUAGUUAAAACAACUAUUUUUCUUACAUUUUUACUGUUUUUCCUCAUGUAAGAAUGGAAUAAAAAUAUUAAUAAUACAAUUAUGUAACUGCAUAAUCUAGUGUGUCAAAAAUUCUGCCUGUAUGAAAAUAAUGUUCAGUUACAAUACACCUUUAUCAGUGUUAAUUCAUUCAUAACCUGGUAUUAUUUUAUUUUUAGUUUACUAACUAAACUUUAGUUAUAUAUAAAGUAUAUUUUAUUUUUAUUUUGAGAGCUUCUAAUAUUUUAGAUCAGGGGUGUCUUAACUUUUUCCACCAAGGGCUGCAUACUGAAAAGUCAAGUAUAUUGGGCCCAUUUUGAUAUUUUUUUUAAUUAAA